CUAGAACAUUACACACUAACUGGGCACUCUUAGAGACAAGAACUACGCAGCUGGAGCGCUAGAACUGCACACUAAGUAGGGGCUCAAGACCAAAGCAGGUACACAAGUAUGCAAAUUGGACGGCAGCCAGUGUCGCUUUCACAUGACGUGAGAGCACAACAGAGCGGAGUGGACGGUGAGGGGCGGUGAAGCUCCUGCGCUCCGUCUACACGUCAGGUGUUCCUCUGUCUGCAUAUCACUGCUUCUAGCCAUGAACUGGAGCAAGGGUGGUCCGGGAGGCAAGCGAGGCUUUGGAUUUGGGGGGUUCUCCCUGUCCGGGGGUAAAAAAGAGGAGCCUCGUUUGGCCCAGAAGGCACACACGGCUUUUGGGGGAGCUGGGUCAACAGGGGGUUACAACAAGAACCAGCAGCUUCCAGGAUUCUACAAAAUAGGAACAAAACGGGCAAAUUUUGAUGAGGAAAACGCGUAUUUUGAGGAUGAUGAGGAGGAAUCGAGCUCUGCAGACCUGCCCUACAUCCCAGCAGAGAACUCUCCUACCAGGCAGCAGUUCCAGUCUGGAGGAGGAGGAGGAGGCGGCGGUGGUGGCGGCGGCGGCGGCUCGGACAGCGAAGAUGACCCCCUCGAUGCAUUUAUGGCCGAGGUGGAGAGUCAAGCAGCCAAGGAUAUGAAGAAACUGGAGGACAAGGAAAAAGAGAAAAAGCUUGUGAAGGGCAUUCGGGAUGACAUUGAAGAGGAAGAUGAGCAAGAGGCUUAUUUUCGUUACAUGGCUGAGAACCCAACAGCGGGGCUGACCCUAGAGGAGGAGGAUGAGAACGUGGACUACGAUAGUGAUGGCAAUCCAAUUGCUCCUACCACCAAAAAGAUCAUCAUGCCUCUGCCUCCUAUUGACCACUCUGAGAUUGACUACUCGCCUUUCGAAAAGAACUUCUACAUUGAGCACGAGGAGCUCAACAGCCUGACUGGAUCACAAGUGGUGGAACUGAGACAGAAACUCAACCUGAGGGUAUCUGGUGCUGCUCCUCCUAAACCAUGCACCAGUUUCGCCCACUUUGGUUUCGAUGAGCAGCUUAUGAACCAGAUUCGUAAGUCUGAGUACACCCAGCCUACACCCAUCCAGUGCCAGGGUGUUCCAAUUGCCUUGAGUGGCAGAGAUAUGAUUGGCAUUGCUAAAACCGGCAGCGGAAAGACUGCCGCCUUCAUCUGGCCAAUGCUGGUGCACAUCAUGGAUCAGAAAGAGCUGGAGCAGGGAGAGGGGCCCAUCGCAGUGAUCGUCUGCCCCACCAGAGAGCUCUGUCAGCAGAUCCAUGCGGAGUGCAAGCGCUUUGGGAAGGUGUACGGCCUGCGCUCAGUGGCUGUGUAUGGAGGGGGCAGUAUGUGGGAACAGGCCAAGGCUCUACAGGAGGGGGCUGAAAUCGUGGUUUGCACCCCGGGUCGUCUGAUUGACCAUGUGAAGAAGAAGGCCACAUCACUUCAGAGAGUGACCUACCUGGUGUUUGAUGAGGCUGACCGCAUGUUUGAUAUGGGCUUUGAGUAUCAAGUGCGAUCCAUCGCGAGUCAUGUUAGACCUGAUAGACAGACUCUGCUAUUCAGUGCCACUUUCAGAAAGAAGAUUGAGAAGCUGGCACGGGAUAUUCUCACUGACCCCAUUCGCGUUGUACAGGGAGACAUUGGAGAGGCGAAUGAAGACGUGACCCAGCUGGUGGAGGUGUUGCCGAAUGGUUCGGAUAAGUGGGUCUGGUUGACCCGCAGGCUGGUGGAGUUCACUUCAUCCGGCUCCGUGCUGAUCUUCGUCACUAAGAAAGCAAACUGCGAGGAGUUGGCAACCAAUCUGCAGCAGGAGGGUUACAGCUUGGGUCUGCUGCAUGGAGACAUGGACCAGAGCGAAAGGAACAAGGUCAUUAGUGACUUCAAGAAGAAAAACCUACCCGUACUGGUGGCCACUGAUGUUGCAGCUCGUGGGUUGGAUAUUCCCUCUAUUCGUACGGUUGUAAACUAUGACGUUGCUCGAGACAUUGACACACACACACAUCGGAUUGGCCGAACAGGUCGUGCAGGAGAGAAGGGCGUGGCCUACACACUGCUCACAAACAAAGACACCUCAUUCGCUGGUGACCUUGUUCGGAAUUUAGAGGGAGCCAAUCAGAGCGUACCCAAGGAACUGAUGGAUUUGGCCAUGCAGAACUCCUGGUUCAGGAAGUCACGAUUCAAGGGAGGGAAAGGGAAGAAGCUGAAUAUCGGAGGUGGAGGUCUGGGCUACAGAGAAAGACCUGGCCUUGGCUGUGAAUCCUCAGAGAGCAGCAGUAGUACUGCCCUUGGUAACUAUGAAGCCUACAAACCUUCCACUGGGGCUAUGGGAGACCGCAUGUCCGCCUUGAAGCAAGCCUUUCAGGCUCAGUACAAGAACCAUUUUGUGGCAGCAUCUGGCAACCCUCCCAAACUCAGCACACAGUCCAGCAGCUCUACAGGCUGGACCAGCGCAGGCAGUCUGAGCUCUCUGCCCACAGGUUCACCUGAAGGACUAGAAAGAUCCCACAUGUCAUCAUCCUCCUCUUCAUCCACCUCUUUGUACUCCUCCAUGCCACCUCCUCUAGCCCUCAGUUCGGGCACUAAAAUGUCUGGCUUCAGCAGCGCCGGCACCUUGAGCUCUAUUUCAGACUCUCACUCCUCCUCUAGAUCUGGAGACAGUUCCCGUACCGAUGACAGGGGUCGCUAUGGAGAUGGUCACCAUCGCCACAGCGACAGACACAGCUCCGGGGACAGGGACCGGGACCGAGACCGAGAUAGGGACAGGGACCGGGACAGAGAUAGAGAUAGAGACAGAGACAGGGACCGUGAUCGGUACAGCGAUAGAGACCGCCACAGCGACAGGGAUCGCCAUGGCGACAGCCGUAACGGAGAUGGUGGCAGCCGGCGGGACAGAGACAGCAGGUCUGAGAGAGACGAUUGGAGGGGAGAAAGGGGUGGAGAUAGGGCGGGGUCACAUAGAGGAGCUGAGGACAGCUUUGCUGUUCCAGAUCCACCAAAACGCAAGAAAAGCAGGUGGGACAAUUAAAGACAACCAGUCAGUUUUCAAAAAGCAGCUUGCUUGGCAGACACUCAGCCUUCUUAGCAGAGUCAUCUUGUCUUCUUUCAACCACAAAACAACAUCUGAAAGACUGCUGAACAUCACUGAAAUUAAGCGUUCAAAGGAGUAAUCCAGCAUCUUUCAACUUAAUCUCUAGGGGUGUGAUGAUGCACAUAUUUUGGUGUGAAUUGAUUGACAAUAGGCCCCAAAGUACACGAACCAGAUAAAAAUCUUAGCCAUGUGAGACCCUUCGAAGAGGCAGAGCAGCAUGUUGGCAACACAUCUUUUAAUUUUGAUACACAUUAAUUUUGGUUUUUUUUUUUUUUUUUUAUGGCAUUUUCUUGCCGGUUUAGUCAUAGCCAGUUCCUUACUCAAGCUAGGUUUCCCCAUCACAUGAUGCUACCAAGCUAGGCAUGUGAGGGCUAGCUUGUGCUUCAAGUGCCACGCUCCAUCUUUUCUGCCGCUAAAGCGACAUCAUUGGACAUCUGAACAUGCUUGGAGGAGAAGGCUAACUGACAGUCCUUUUAAAUUCUUCACACCCACUUGGACGAUGGCUAUGAUAUCACUGGGGAUUGAACUCAUAAUCUCCCCACUUCUAAUGAUCGGGCCUAUUUUCUCUCUGGGUAAUACAGUUGCACCCUUGCACCCUUACAUCCUUGUGAUAUCCAUCUGCCACACAGCAGACCACAGACCAUAUUUCAAACACUUUUCCUUGCAUUUGGAAAAGAACAAUAGCACUGAGUUUCAAGUUAAUGGCUUUUCUGUUUUUGACCAAAUAAAAGGAAAUCAGUCAAACGUAUUGUCUGUGGUAGUGAACUAUGCUGCAGAUGCCACAGAUAUAGAUUAGGAUGAAAAACACUGGAGUAUUUCUUAAAAUCUCCAUCUGUCCUUCACCAUAAAGACUUCUGACCAUUUUUGCCACCCAGGCUGUUUGUGAUGUAUGACUGAGUGUGGAAACGUGAAUUAAAUCGAAGCAGACAAGCCUUUUUUGUAAUAGUAUAUGUGCGUGAAUCUGUCUGGAAAACCCAAAACUGCAUUUUGUGUUAGGCAGUUUUAGAAGAGUGCUUUUUAAGGCACAGAAAUAAGGUUUUUUUUGUUUUUUUGUGAUUCCAACAAAAAUUGAGUUUCCUUACAGAUAAAAUUGACGUCAAAACCUUUUUGACUAAUUGAUUCAGAGAAUUUGUGGGUGAUCUAUUUUGUAGGUUUAGGACUUUCUUCUGUAUUUUACAGUGUACCAUUACAAGCUUGGAGCUGUUUGUACCAUUGCAUAGUCUCCUUUUCUUCUGUCUGUAUUUUUGAAUUUAAUAAAACAAACAUGAGUGCGGAAAUACAAAGUCCACCUCACAUUCACCAUUGCGACUCGUCAGGCAUCAUAUUCUUCUGGCAUUCGACUUUGCACUUCAAAGCCUUUUAGGACUUUAAGGACUGUAUAUCUAAACCUAUCAACAAUUAAAAAGUUUAAGCACCUAUAUACCACUCAUGCUGAUCUUCAUUAAAAUGUGGACUGACAACCUGGAGUGUUGUAUGUAUGAUGCUGUUCCAUUUUAUUCAGUGGUGUGGAAUUGGUGCCAUUAUUCAAAUCUUAACAUCUCACCUUGGCUUUAGUAAACUUGUUAAACCCUCUCAUUGAAUAAUCCUGUCUUUCUUUACAUUGCCUAUGUUUUUGUGCCUUUGGAGGGCAUCAGAAGGGCACAGUGGAAAUAACCCCCUUAAUGGCUUAUGCUCAUAGAAUUGUACAAUAAAUGAAUCAAUUAAUUAAA